CACACCCAGCGCAUCUAUAGUGCUGCUGCCGCAGUGGAGCGGUGCGGGUGCAGCAGUGGUGCGCUCCUCCUCCUCCAGCUCCUCGGUGUGGUCCGUGUUCAGCUCUCUGCUCUUCCCUCUGCUGGCCGUCUGGAGGUUCAUCAGUGCUCUGCUGUUCAGCCCUACACAGACACACACUCCUGCUGCAGGAACACACACCAGAGCAUUCCCCCCCGCAGCCACCGGCUCCAGCACAGACCCACAGAGGGAUGCGGUCCGCAAGCGUGUGCUGGAGAAGAGACCCGAGUUCAAGAAAGAUGGUAAGAUCUACCGCCUGCGCACGCCAGAAGACAGCGAGGACGACAACAACACGUGGAACGGGAACUCCACACAGCAGAUGUAGAGCAGUGUGUGUGUGUGUGUGUGUGCGUGUGUGUGUUCUCCGUCCCCCUUCUGCAUGCGUCGCUCUAAUAUAAACAGGGUGUGAGCAUGGCUUGGCGGACUGCAGAGUGUGUGUGUGUGUGUGUGUGUGUGUGUGUGUGUCAGCGGAGCGCAGACGCAUCUUUAACUGUAGAAUCCCAGCAGAUGAUGAGUCCAGCGUCGCCGCCGUCUGACCUGCUCCACCAGAGCCUGAUUCUCUGAUAGGAAACUGCUCAUCUGCGCGCUCGGCUUCCUGUUCUGCUCAUCAGGUCCUGUUUUCUAACUCCUAUUAAAAUAUUUUGGGUUCCUUUCACUUCUGUACUGCAUUAUUGACUCCUAGAGAGUGUUUGUGUGUGUGCGUGUGUGUGUGAGUGUGUGUUUUUAAAUUAUGCAUCACAUAUCAGCUUAGUGUGAGAAAUGAUUCAACAGCAGAAUCAACACGAGACUCAGCACCACAGAUCAGACUUCACAUACAUACAUCAGUAGGAAACUAGAUUUUGACAUGUAAUGCACACAUCAGCAGUGUGUGUGUGUGUGUGUGUGUGUGUGUGUGUGCGUCUGAGCGCUGUAUUUCUGCAUUUAACUUUGUGUGUUGUCGUGUAAAGUGAAAACUCUCUCCUGUAUCUGACGGUUUCCUACAGUUGGCAGAUGUGCAUUACAGAUUUAAGUUGUUCCACUGAUUAUGAAUGUCAUAUUGAGAUUAAACUGAGCGCUCCCGCAGCAGUGCUGGCAGAAAUGAU